UGGAGGGCUGUGCAGGUCUGAGUCCCUCCGGGUCCCCGGGGCCGAGGCCGGGGUCCGGCGGGGGCCGUGGCCGUAGCCGGGGCAGUGACCCUUCCGUGUCAGGACCCUGCGGAGACCGUGCUGAGUCCUCUCGGACGGGACCUGCAGUCUGCGCGGGCGUUUGCGCUGGUCGGAUGUCGAGGGCCCGUGCAUCUAUGAUAUGUUUUAGAAAUAGCUCUUAAACUUUGGUUUGAAAGAAGAAUGUCUGUAAGUCCAUCUGUGCUUCUUAAAGAAAAUGAAGAAAAUAAUGCAAAAUUUGUGGAAACAAAACAUUCACAAACUACUCUCAUAGCUUCAGAAGAUCCUCUUCAGAACUUAUGCUUAGCAUCUCAAGAAAUUCUUCAAAAAGCUCAGCAAAGUGGGAGGUCAAAAUGUCUCCGGUGUGGCGGCUCAAGGAUGUUCUACUGCUAUACGUGCUAUGUCCCAGUGGAAAAUGUACCUGUUGGACAGAUUCCACUUGUGAAGCUGCCUCUGAAGAUUGACAUCAUUAAACAUCCAAAUGAAACAGAUGGCAAAAGCACUGCUAUCCAUGCAAAACUCUUAGCACCUGAAUUUGUAAACAUUUACACAUACCCUUGUAUUCCAGAAUAUGAAGAAAAGGAUCAUGAAAUUGCACUCGUUUUUCCUGGCCCUCAGUCUGUCUCAAUAAAAGAUAUUUCUUUUCAUCUGCAAAAAAGGAUUCAAACUAAAGGCAAAACUGAUGGCCCUGAGAGCCCAUCUUUUAAGCGAAAGAAAACUGAAGAACAGGAGAGUUGUGAUCUGAAUGAUAGCAAGUGCAAAGGCACAACCCUGAAAAAAGUGAUCUUUAUAGAUAGCACCUGGAACCAGACAAACAAGAUCGUCAAUGAUGAGCGGCUCCAGGGGUUGUUACAAGUUGAGUUGAAAACAAGAAAAACCUCGUUUUGGCGCCAUCAGGAAGGAAAGCCGGAUACUUUCCUCUCUACAAUUGAAGCCAUUUACUACUUUCUAGUAGACUACCAUGCCGACAUACUAAAGGAGACAUACAAAGGGCAAUAUGACAAUCUUUUGUUUUUCUAUUCAUUUAUGUACCAGUUAAUAAAAAAUGCCAAAUAUGCUGGAACUAAUCAAACAACCAAACCUACCCAUUAGUUGUUCACAAGCCACCUGUCACUGUAUUCUGCUAAAAUUAAUAAACUUAUGCUUGUGCUUUUGGUUUAU